AUCCUCUUAUGAGGGCCCAAACCAAGUACUCCUUAUGCUUGUAGUCCAACAAUCCUCUUAAGAUGGUCCAAACGAAGUGCUUCUAAUGCCCUGUUGAGGGGCAAAGACAGGUCAAACACGCCGGGAACGAAGUAAACGAAACCGAGGGGUGGCCUUUCAAACUCACAGUCACUAGCCAGGAAAUACAAUACAAUAACCCCUCCCUCUCUCUCCCCUUUGCUGUCUUAUCAUCAUCACCUUUGUCUUCAUUCGUCAAUUUGAACCCUCUCCUUACCUCACAGCUUCAUCUCAACAACCGGAAAACGAAACGCCGCGGCAGAAAAAUGGGAGUUAUUGAUCAGCUCUCUGAUGUCUUCGACUGCUCUGUUGGCGACUCUAAGCACAAGAAACGAAAGCAAUUGCAGACGGUGGAGGUAAAAGUGAAGAUGGACUGCGAGGGGUGCGUAAGGAAAGUGAAGAAGUCAGUUGAGGGGAUGAAAGGGGUGAACUCAGUGCAGGUUGAUCCGAAGCAGCACAAGCUCACGGUUACGGGGUAUGUAGAGCCCGAGAAGGUAGUGGCACGCGUGGCCCAUCGCACCGGAAAGAAGGCGGAGAUUUGGCCGUACGUUCCUUAUGAUGUGGUAGCACACCCGUACGCACAAGGGGUGUAUGACAAGAAAGCCCCCGCCGGGUACGUACGCAGGGUCGAAGAUAAUAACCAGCAAGCAUACCAGCUUGCCCGAGCCUCCUCCACCGAAGUUCGCUACACGACGGCGUUUAGUGACGAGAAUACUAAUGCUUGUGUUGUCAUGUGAUUCUUCUUCACACCACAUUUAAUUUGAUAUAUAUAAGUCUAUCUUUCAUAAAGAAGUCACUUUGUUUGUGUAUGGCUGUGGUGAAGUUAAUUCAACUUGUUGCAGCUAAGGUUUGGAUAGAAGUUGUUUGCUUGAUGUUUUGUUAAACUAUGGACUAAUGAUACAAGCAAGUGCUUCAUUUGUUAUUUUACUUGAUAAUAGUGAUGUUUGCAAAAUUGUACCACGUAUUCAUUUGUUUUACUUCCCUGUCCAUAACUUCAUAAGCAUUCAAUAGUCAAUACUUUAAAGCU